UCACGUGCCCCCCCCAGGGGGGCGGGCUCGAGGGCGGUGCUUCCGGUCGGCGGAGCCAGGCGGCCCGAGCCAGGCGGCGGUGGCGGCCGAGACGAGGGGAUGGCGGGCGCCGCGGGCGAAGCUCGGUUCGCCGGGCUGUCGCUGGUGCAGCUGAACGAGCUGCUGGAGGACGAGGGCCAGCUGACGGAGAUGGUGCAGAAGAUGGAGGAGACACAGACGGUGCAGCUGAGCAAAGAAAUGACGCUCGCCAGCAACCGGAGCCUGGCGGAGGGGAACCUGCUCUACCAGCCGCAGCUGGACACCCGGAAAGCGCGCCUGACUCAGAAGUACCAGGAGCUCCAGGUCCUCUUCGACGCCUACCAGAUAAAGAAGACCAAGCUAGAUAAGCAGUCCAACAGCGCUUCCUUGGAGACACUUCUGGCACUGCUUCAAGCAGAAGGGGCCAAGAUUGAGGAGGACACUGAGAACAUGGCCGAGAAGUUCCUGGAUGGUGAGCUCCCGCUGGACGGCUUCAUUGACGUCUACCAGAGCAAGCGGAAGCUGGCCCACAUGCGGCGGGUGAAGGUGGAGAAGCUCCAGGAGAUGGUGCUCAAGGGGCAGAGACUCCCGCAGGCCCCAGCUCCGCUGCCAGCCAGGGCGCCCGAGCCUGUGCCCACUGCCUCGCCGCCCUACCCCGUCCUGGAGCCGGCUGUGCCUCCCUCUGUUGUGCCUCGGCGCAUCCCCCCACCGCCACCCCCGGUGCCUGCAGGACGCUUGGCCACACCUUUCACUGCUGCUUUGGGCUCAGGACAGGCCCUUCCCUACUCAGCUCUGCAGUGCCCGCCCCUGCCACCCCGGGUGGGCCUGUCCCCGCAGCAGGGAUUCUCUGCACAGUUGGUGUCACCGUACCCUCCGGCUCUGCCCCAGAGACCCCCGCCGAGGCUGCCUCCGCACCAGCCGGGCUUCAUCCUGCAGUGAGCACGGCACCCGCCCACCACGGCGCCCUCUCCAUGCUGGGCUGCCUGCUCCAGCUGGGGACAGGGCUGGGCCGCCUGUGCCAGGGUCUGUCUGACCCUAGAACCUAGGUCCAUGCCAGUAGAAGUAGAGACGCAGGCUGCGGCUCCGAGGCCUGUGCGUGCAGGGGCCCACCUGCCCGCGUGUGUGACGGACUCCUGUACCCACAUACCUGGGAAGAGCAGCUCCUGCUCCUGGUUGGGUCCUGGGCCUCCCGCCGCAGCUGUAUUUAAUGAGCAUGGCUAACUGUAUCUGUUCUGUCAUUUUCAAGACAGUGCUGUGUGUCGCCCCAUGGCUGGUGCCCUGCAUCUGGCUAGAGUGUGGCAGCUGCUCUGCUCACAGCGCGUCUGGGGCAGGUCAUUAUGGCCACCCCACCACUCCGUCCUUUGGCAUCAAAGCCACAAACGCCACGCUUCCUGGGGCCACUGCUGUCUGGAGCAGCCACGCCUUGCUCCCACAUCUUGGGUCCCCAAGGGCCCCCUGGCAGGUUUUGGGGCCGAAGUGCCCCCGCUGUUUUUACUCCAGGAGUGAUUUUCUGUUUUGUAUUGGGAAGGACCGUCUGACACGAGACCAUUCAGGGAAACUUUUACACAGUGCAUAUACUGUGCAGGGCAGGUUGAGACGCAGGUGAAGCGUGUGCAGUCUCCUUCACACAAGCGGCACAUGGCUGCGCCUGUGGGUGCCCGUGCUGUGCCUUACCUUUACCUGGUGCCAGGGCUGAGGCCCGCGAGUGCCCGCCAGGGUGCCCUGUGGUCCGUGGGCCAGGCCAAGCUCCCAGCUCCAUGAUCCUGUUUGUAACAGCAGGGCAGGCAGCAGCUUUCAACCAGGACCUGGGCUCCCCAGUGGGGCUCAUGCAGGGAAGGGGCAGGGGGGUUCCUGGGGGUGGGCUGGACCCGCUCUGCCCCCUGCCCACACCUGCACCUCCCCCAGGUGCCGUGUCAUGUGUGCAGAUGCUGGACAUGGGCCAGCGUGGCCAGUGUACCAUUGGAGGAACUUCAUGCCCCACCUUCGUCCUGCCACCUGCCAGGCAGUCCAACCUGUGGCCUGCCAACUGGCCACCACCCAGCUUGCCAGUCAAGGCAGAGCUGAACCACGGCCCAUCCCAGUGGGCCACAGGCGAGGCCUCCAGCCUUUGUCCUCACUUCCUAUACACUCCUGUUCCUGGACUUGAACUCUGCUGUAUUGUGACUGUUUGGUAAAGAAGCAAAGCUCUGGGACAGGUCACUGCGGUGCCUGGUGCCGCGUCUCCACCGUGUCUGAUACCUCUGUUGCCCGCCCACGUGGUCACUGCCGAACGUGAGCUCAGUGUGAUAUUGCAAAAGGGUCGCUAGGCCGACCACAGGUGCCAUCCAUGGCCACAUCUGGUGCUGUGGCUGUAAGUCGUAGGACCAUUUUUAAUAAAUGGAGAAUUGUUACAA